AUGUUUAUUAACACCAUGGGACUUGAGAUUGUCAUAAGAGUGAAAACUCAGCAAAUUGUAGUUGAGGAGAGUGAGGACGAGAAUGAACUUCCAUUAAGAAAAUGGAUGAUUACUAUUUGCAUGUUAAAUAAAGAUGGUGAAGAAGUCCCUGCAGAUAUUAUUGCACAUUGUAUUUAUCAUUUACACAAGACAUUUGAAAAUCCAGUACAAAAAUAUACUGAACCGCCGUUUACUAUUAUUGAAGAAGGAUGGGGAGAAUUCAGUAUAAAGAUCAUAUGUAAACUUAUUGCAAAAUCUGGAAAAUUUACCAUUUAUCAUGAUUUAUUGUUUCAGGACAAUGCUUAUGCAGUUGACUACUCAGUUCAGGUUCCUCUGAAUAUUGGUAAACUGAGAGCUGUUUUACAGAAAAACUUUACCCUACCUGAGAAUCCUAUGGAGGGUUUGACAAAAAGUAAUAGACCUAGGUUAAGUUGGGGAAAAGUCCUCCCUACAUUUGACGAAGAUAUGAUUACAGAAUUCACGCAGAUUAUUCUUAAUGACCCAUCCGUCAAAGCUGAAAUCGAUAGACAUGAUCGAACUGAAAAGGUAUAUCUGUAUUUUGGACAAUUUCCAAAUGAGUUGUUGGAAAAAUUGGUAGAAUAUACUAAUACUGUAAAGAAGAAAAAUAAAGAGUUAAAAUUACACGAAGGUGAGUCUCUUGCUGAGAAAGAUGAAUUGAUGGAAAAUCAGCUGGAAGGAUUGAUUUAA